CAUAUCAUGUCUAUAACAGGAGUCUCGGACCCUGAUAGGAUGUUGAAGAAGUCGUUCCAUCGAAGGAACAACUCCGGUGAGCUCGAUGUCUUCGAAGCUGCGCGGUAUUUCUCGGGGUACAACGACGUGGCUAGCUAUAAUUGUGCAACAUUCUCUCAGAAUAUGAUGGGAAGGGUCAGCUUGGAUGUACCAAUGACCAUGAGGAACAUUCUUCCUCAACAAUCUCAUGUGGUGGAUAAGAAAAUAAAGGAUAAGAAAUACAAGCAACCCAACUCUCCGGGUGGAAGACUUGCUAGCUUCUUGAACUCUCUUUUCAAUCAAACAGGUUCAAAGAAGAAGAAAUCGAAAUCCACCACACAGUCCAUCAAAGAUGAAGAAGACUGCCCUAGUGGGAGGAGGAGGAGCAGUAUCAGCCAUUUUCGGAGCUCGAGUACGACCGAUACAAAGUCGUUUUAUUCGUCCUCGAGCUCCAGUUUCAGGACACCUUCCUAUGGACACACUCCUACUAAGAGCUACAAGGAAUUUAGAAACCAUUUGGAUCACAAACAGGUUUCUUCUCUGUCAAGUAACAACAUUGGACUGACAAAACCAACAGCUUUACAAAACGCUAUCAUUGAUGACAAAUGGAAUACAAAUACAACAGAAUACUCUUGGUUGGAUGAGAAAUUGAAGUUCAAUAAUGACUACUCGGAGAGUACUCGUCAUCGGGAUCAGUAUCCGUCGGAUGAGAAAGAAAUCGGGAAGUUCAACGAGACCGAGACCGACGAUGGUGCAGAUAGUGAUUCAAGCUCCGACCUGUUCGAGUUGCCUGUGUAUGAAACUACUCAUAUGGACACCAAGAGGGGUGCACCAAUUUCCAAUGGUGCCCUAUGAGAGGACUGCAUCUUCAACAAGAAAGAAAGAAAUUCGAUGUCCUAUAUUUUGCUUUUUCGUUUCUUUGUAUGUACAGUUUGAAAUGUUUGUCUGUCUUCCAUUUUAUUGGAUUAAUGCAAAAACAUUAUAAGUCCCCCAUUGUAAUAGUUUGCUUAGAUUGUGCCAUGAUUAGUGAUAUUCCGCUAAAUUAAUGGAGAAACAUCAGCAAAAGCCUCUUUUUGACUUUUGGACAAGAAACAAUAAAUAGUUUAAACACAU